AUGGCGGCAUAUGCAGCCUUGGUUUCUCUUAUGCAUAUCAUCGAUACAAUCGAGCAUCACCAUUCCCCUCCAGUUUCUAUCGACAAACAACAAGUUGAAUCUCUAAUUGUUACCUUUUCGCAGAAAUUUCUUGAAGGUUAUAAGUCCCCUGUUGCUGACGGAGAUGAAGCAGAUCCAUUGGAGAUGUGUAUUGUAGAUGCAGCUCAUGCGGUUGUAGAUGUUCUCGAAUCACAUAUUGUGAACGUGAUUGAACUGGAGUAUCACGACUUUCUUCCUUCAACUACUACUACUCUUGUAAAUCAAGAAUUUAUGAGAUCACUUGCCCACCAGGUCGUUCACUUGAAAUCACUUCUCGAGGGCUUCCCAUAUUUACACAACGGUUUGAAACGCAAAAUCUAUACAACAGAAGAUGUUAUGGAAUAUAUUCUAUCUCUAAAAACCCCGCCCGAAGAGUCCAAUUCAGAGCGGAAGCGCCGGUUGAGAAGAGCAGAGAAAUUAAAGUCAAUUGUUGGACUGAGUGAUACUUCAACUGCUGUUGGUUCAUCAUCAAGACGUGAACUCACAAGCAAAGACGACGUGGUUGGUAUUCAACGAGAUCUGUCCAAAAUAAAGGAACAGCUUACUCGUCCUUCACUCGGACUAAAAGUCCUCCCAAUUGUCGGAAUGGGAGGGAUUGGUAAAACUACACUUGCUAAACUUGUUUACAGUGAUAAAUUGAUUAUGGAGCAUUUUCAAAUUCGAGGUUGGGUGACAAUAUCACAAGAUUACAGUGUAACUAGUAUUGUUUCAAAUCUGCUAGCUUCGAUGAAAGGAAUACAAGCAGGGAGAGAUGUACAGAGCAAGAUCUCCGGGGAGGACGAAAUUCACAAAUGCUUAAGGAAUAAAAGCUAUCUUAUUGUAGUGGACGACGUGUGGAGUAAGAAAGCUUGGGAUUAUAUGAAAAAUCUAUUUCCUGAUGACUACUAUGACGGGAGUUGGAUUAUUCUAACCACAAGGCUACAAGAUGUGGCUGCAUAUGCUGAUCCUUCUAAUUCCUUUCAUAUGAUGCGUCCCUUGAGUCAAGAAGCUAGUUGGGAAUUGCUACAAAAAAGGUUGUUUGGUUAUUAUGGAUGGUGCAAAUUGGAAAGUGUUGGAAGAGAAAUUGCAGCACAAUGUAGAGGAUUGCCUUUUUACAUUGUAGUGGUGGCAGGACUUCUAUCCAAGAUUGACCAAACUGUUGAUGCUUGGAGGCAAAUAGCGGAGGAGAAUGAUGGGCAGCUUGAAACCAUAAUUUCCUUGAAUUACAUCCACUUGCCUCGUCAUCUAAAGUCGUGUUUCUUAUAUAUGGGAGGUUUCCCAGAAGAUCACCAGAUCCGUGUCUCAGAACUUAUCAAGCUUUGGGUAGCUGAAGGCUUUUUACAUCCAAACGGAUCUAAAAGCCUAGAAGAUGAGGCGGAAGAUUGUUUGGAGGAUCUAGUUGAUAGAGGGCCGACAAGAAAACUUACUUCUUCCUGCUAUGGAUUACUUACCAAGUCCUAUUCUUAG